CGAGUUUGUUGUCAAACAUGGCGUCUUCGGAUGUCCACGUCCGAAUAUGCGAGCAAGAAAUCAUCAAAUAUGACUUGGAAAUAAAAGCUCUCGUGCAGGAUGUCAAUGAGUGUAUAGGACCACACGUCAAGCUGACAGAGUUGAAUGCCAAAGUGAAAGCAAAAUUCAACAACCUCAGGCUACGGAUUCAGGACCUAGAUCAGAUGGGGAGGGAGCAGGACAAAGAGUCAGACAAGUUGGCGCUACUCAGUGAGGUGGACAGACACCGCAAGCAGAUGGUCAGUAACCAGACAGCAUGGAGGAAGGCCAACCUGGCCAGUAAACUGUCACUAGACAACCUGGAGAAGGAAUCUCUUCUCUAUGGAGGAGAUAGUGAAUUUAGACAUAGAAAGGUGACCAAAGAGGGGCUGGCCCAGUCGUCCAGUGACAUCACUGAGAGCCUGAUGAGCAUCAGCCGGAUGAUGUCACAGCAGGUGACGCAGAGCGAGGAAACCAUGACCACGCUGGCAACCUCGUCUCAGGCGGUCCUGGAGACCAACGAUGAGUUUAAGGCCAUGACCGGAACCAUCCAGCUGGGGAGAAAGCUCAUCACUAAGUACAACCGCAGGGAGCUCACUGACAAACUGCUCAUCUUCCUCGCUCUCGCACUGUUCCUCGCCACAGUCUUCUACAUCCUCAAGAAGAGAUUCUUCUUCUUCCUCUAGACCAGACACAACUAACUUAAACUAAGUCACUUUUAGAGCAACUUUGAUUAGAGUAACUAUGAUCAUAUAAGCUCAUUUACGACAAGUGAGUUGUGUGACAUGAGUAUUGGCAGAUGAAUAUACUGCUUAUUUAUCAUUCCCACCUGCCACAGGUGGACACAUGUAAUUCCAUAUUAACAUUUAAUGUCUUGUGCGCACACACAGUAGUAAUGGCUACCGGGAUAAGCCUAUUUUAAACACAAUGCGUCUGUCAUGGAAGGAAAUAUCAGACUGCCGUCAGCUGUUUGCAAUACUUAUAGGAAAGUUUGUUGGUUAAUGUAACCACUCGUUAUGAUUAUUAUCAUGUUAAUUUAUUAUUCCAUUGCAGGAAGUUAAAGCUGUUGUCUAAUUAUUUAUAUCCUGCUCUGAAAGAGAAAUACAUGGAUAUUACCAGUAGCCUUAUUUAAUAAUGGAGAUUCCAUUUCUUCCGGACCAUUAUUUAAAGUAUAGGGGUUCAUGUCAAUGUGUAACACAUUCUCUGUAACGAAAUCAGUUUUCAAAGAGAUUAUCACAAUAAAAUGUUAACAUUG